AUGGGAUUCAAGACUGGCAGGAGAGGCUCGAUGUCUACCCUUGAAACAAGCCAACCGGUCGGGUCGAAAACUUCAUCUGCACCUUUUGCAUCUUCUUCUAGUAGCUCUAGUCCCGAAAGCGAUACAUCAAUUUCUCCACUCUCAUCUGCUUUCGUUAAAUCACUCAAGGACCGUGUUGCACCACCGACUUUAGUCGAUUUCUCAGAGGAGGUGGUACUUCAGAAAUUUGUGAAAAUGACUCCAACUAUGAAGAUCAUGGGUAAAGGUAAAGGAUUGGAAGUUACCACCUUUACUCGGUAUGAGGCUUUCCCUCGAUUGGUCGAUACUUCAAUCCCCUCAAAAGAUUUUGAACUCGGUACUUUCAUUUCCUUUGAAGAUCCCUUAUUUGCUCUAACUCAUCAACUAGAUCUUACACACACCAACGAAACACCCGAAAUCAAAUUAAUGCGCUCUGCCAGUUCCGGAUCACAUACUACCCAAGGUAAAAGACCAAAACUCAAGGCAUAUAAACCUUUUAAAACACUGGGGUAUAAAGGAGGGCACAAGUUUAAGCAAAUCGAAAAGGAAAACGAUGACAUUUUUGAGGAUGCACCAGUCGAACCACAAUCUUGUGCUGAAGUUUACACAGAAUUCAACACGGCACCGACAUCACCAGCAAGACGUUUAUCAGUGUCUGACAAACAUGAUAUGGAUGGCUCUUACGAUGAUAAACCUGAAUUCUCCUCUGGCACAACUAUACAAGACUUUGGAGCGUUGCCCGAUCAUCUCCGAGGUCCUUGCUUCGAAGUGAGCCCGAGAACGAGCGUUUUGGAUGGUCCAACAGCUAUCCCAAAUAUAGACAACAUAUUGUCUAUGAAUAGAGCUGAUACCUCAGUGGAAUCCUCGCUCAUGAGACCCCUCGAGGCAGUGCCUGAAGCAUUGACAUCGCCAGAAGUAGUGGGGAACUGUAUGGAACAAUCUGACGGGCCCGCUCCUGCUCCCGCCAUUGUACCAGACGUUGGUGUUGAUUCCCCAGUUGAAAAGUUACCCGUCGACCCAAUUGCAAAGGAAAAGGAGGCAAAGCGAACACACAAAACCAUCAAGAAGGUUCGAUCGGGUAUAAGGAAAGGCAGAUAUCGUUGUCUAAGGACACCAGUACUCGUGGUGAUUCUAGGAAAAGAGCUUUCAAAACCAACCAAAAUAGCCAUUGAAAAUAUCGCAAGUGGACUUCCUUCAGGCCUUGGUGAAGUAAAGCCCCUUUCCAAGUGA